GCAACUCACGUUUUUAUAAAUUGUUGGUUUCUAAUUCAACAUCUAUUCUCACUAAAAAUCCCAUGUCGGUAGUAAAUUUUACGCUUUUAAAUGAUGAACAAGACAGUGUGCCAUGCCCAGAUGCUGUUCCUUUGGCUGUUGAUAAACUGACAGACCAUUCAAAAAGUAUAAUAAACAAUCUUAAAUCGCAAUGCUCAAAAUUACUUUCUGGAAGCUGGUCUGAUACAAGCAAUUUCUGCGUAGAACCAUCUCGGAGUUGUGGUUUAAGCAAUUACUUAUAUAUUGGCUUUUUGAAAGAUGAUGUUAUUUCUGCUAAAAAUGAACCGCGUAAAGUACUUAUUCGUGUAUACGGUGAAGUUUUGCGAAGUUGUACUGAUUCUAUCGUUUCUGAUUCAGUUAAUUUUGCAAUACUUUCUGAGAAACGUAUUGGACCUAAGUUGCAUGGUGUAUUUCCUGGUGGACGAAUAGAAGAAUAUAUUGAGUCAAGACCUUUAACAACUCAAGAGCUUCCAUUAGUAAUAGACGUUGCUGCACGACAUAUGGCUUGUUUUCAUAAACUGUGUAUGCCAUUUUCUAAAACACCAUCAUUCAUAAUGAAAAUGUUAAAUAAAUAUCUUGAUCAGUUGACAGACACUCCAGAACAUUUGCAUCGUCCACGGCCAAAACUGUCUACAAACACUUUAUCUCAAUUAGCGCUGGAAGGAUUUUCAUUCGCCAAUGAUGGACAUAUGCUAACAGAACCAUCGUAUGAUGAAGCUAAAAGUAUGGUUUAUCGAUUAUCGCUUAUUGAUGAAUUCAAUUGGCUAAAGAGGAGAAUUACAGAAUGUUAUGCUGAUGUAUUUCCAAUUGUAUUUUGUCAUAAUGAUUUUCAAGAAAAUAAUCUACUGCUGUUAAAUGAUCCAACGGUGGAAAAUGUUUAUCGUCUACUUCCGAUCGAUUUUGAAUACUCUGGAUAUAAUUAUCGCGGAUUCGAUAUAGGUAAUCAUUUCAAUGAAUGGUGUUAUGAUUAUACAAAUCCUAAUCCUCCAUACUUUCAUUAUAAUUUUCAAAAUUAUCCUGAUCGUUACAAACAGAAACUUUUCUGGAACGCUUAUCUAGCUGAAAAGAAUUCAGACUCAUCAACUGAACAAAAUAGUUGUAUUAAAACAGCUACAACAACAAAUGGUAACUGUAGAAAUGGUGACCAUCAAGAUUCUAGUCUAAAUCUUGGUGAUUUUAACGAUGCUACCGGUGAUGAUGAUGAUAUUUUAUGGAUUGAGACAGUCUAUGGCUCAUUAUUAUCGCAUUUGUUUUGGUCUGCAUGGUCACUUGUUCAAAGUCAGUUGUCUAGCAUUCAAUUCGAUUUUAUGGAAUAUGCCAAAGUUCGUAUGGACCAUUAUCAUUUAAUGAAAUCCUGGUUACCUUCGAAGCAUAGGUGAAUUGUCUAAAUAGCGCACAUCAUAGUGUAUGUGUGUCUUGAUUUCUAAUCUCCUCUUUGUUUGCUUGUUUGUUUGUUUUGUUUGUUUUUUCACUUCAUCUCUUAAUUACUCAAUCAAUAACUAAUUCUUUUUUUUGCGGAGAAAUGAACCGAUCAUUCUUCAUAGCUACCACUACUCUCGACUAAUCAUUUUGCUUAGGAUUACUUAUUGUAAUUCUACAACAGUGUGUUGUAGUUGAUUAUAUAUUUCUGUAAUAUUUUUUUUCCGUAUAAGAAGAGGAAAUGUAGUCUCUGUGAUACAAUAUACAUAUUUUUUCGCAAGUGAUUAGAUAGUCGAAAAAAAAUCAAUAAAUGAUUCUGUCUGACUGUAAGUAUCUCCAACGCAUUGAGAUCACCUGUGUAUGUGUUGAUUCAACUACACUAGAAUAGGUCGCUGGUGUUGUUGUUGUUCUACCUGACUGUGUUGUUCAGAACUGUGAUUAGUAUUGUGUAUUAUUGGAUUUAUAUACAUAUACAUCUACAUAUAACUAAGCACAAUAUACCCGGUACUACAUACACUUUCCUAUUUUCAUAUUUCUGAAUAAUGUGUAGUUCCUCCUAUCCCCUGUAUAAUUAAUUAAUUGGCUAGCUAUUAUUAUGUCUCCAAAUGUGUACUUUACCCCCACCCCACCCUAACUACUACACUACCCUUACUAUUACUACUACUCAUGUCUUUGUUUACUUUUCUUCUUAUCCUUCCCUAUUUUUUGUUUUAUUUUUAACUAAUAAAUUAUUAUUUUUGAUAUAUGCAUAC